GUGAAGAUCAACAAAAUGAAAAUUGAUUUGUCACUUCUUAACAAGCCAUCAAACUGAACAGAUGUAAUAAAUUAGCUCUUAAACUAGAAGUACAGUUUUUCUUUAUCUUCAAGAAAGAAGGAACGUAACAAAAGUUGGCGACGAGGAAAAGUUCCUGCUAUCCCGGAAGCGAAUUCAAGCCCUGUUCCUGCCAAGCAUCAAGACAAAUUCCGUUCCACCACUGAAGCCCUCAACCCACUCAAGAAUCAAGAAUGCCCGACGCCGAUCUGAAGCAAGCGAUUCUCCGGCUGACGGAUCUCAUCGCAACCCAGCAGCAGCAGAUUGCAGCUCUCCAGCAGGGUAACGCCAAUCAAGCUGGAAGCGAGAAGAUCAUCGAGUCACUCUCCACCGGAAUCGACGAGUUCCAAUACGAUCCGGACGGCGGCAUCUUUUUCGAUUCGUGGUACGCUCGGUACGAGGACGUGUUCAAGGAGGACGGUAAGCAUUUGGACGACAAGGCGAAGGUCAGGCUGCUUCUGCGGAAAAUCGGUACGCAGUUCCACGAACGCUACGUGAACAGCGUUUUGCCGAACCAUCCGCGGGAUUUUGGAUUCGAAGACACCGUGAAGAAGCUGAAGAAGCUGUUCGGACGCCAAAAGUCCCUCUUCAACGCUCGGUACCAGUGUCUUCAAUACGUGAAGAACGACGCCGAUGAUUUUUCGUCAUACGCCGCGUCGGUCAACAAGCACUGUGAAGCGUUCCAGAUGGAAAAACUAUCCAGCGACCAAUUCAAGACUCUCAGGUUCGUAUGCGGUCUCCAGUCACCGCGCGAUUCGGACAUCCGGACCAGACUGAUCGGAAAGUUGGAAGCUGAAGAAAACGCGCCGCCCGCCGACGGUGCCACUCUCAAGCUUGAAAACCUGGUUGAGGAGUGCAACCGCAUCAUCAACCUCAAGCAAGACACCCAGAUGAUCGAGAAAGGCUGCGGGGACAAGUCCAACGUUCACGCAAUUUCUCGCCAUCAUCGUACUUCAAGUCGGAAGGAGAAGAAGUCGCAGUCACCGAAAACACCUUGCUGGUUCUGUGGGGAUCUACACUACGUCAAGGAGUGUCCCUACCAGUCGCAUACCUGUACGAAGUGCAAGCGGAAGGGCCACAAGGAAGGCUACUGCUCCUCAUCCGAAAAGAAGUCAUCGAAGCAGGUCGACAAACCGAAACCGAAAGACGUCGUCAAGUCCAAAGGUAUCUCGGUUAAGCGAGUUGACCUCACGAAGAAGCGGAAGUACGUCAAGAUCGAAAUCAACGGUUCGCCCGCAACGUUGCAGCUCGAUUGUGCCUCCGACAUCACCAUUAUUUCCAAGCGCACUUGGACAUCCGUGGGCAAGCCUGUCAUCAAUCCAUCGGAAGUCGACGCCGUGAGUGCCUCUGGUGACAGCAUCGGGAUCCUAGGUGAGUUCAACGCCGAAAUCACCGUUCAAGACGUGACAAAAUCUGGCCGCAUUUUCGUCACAAGCAAUCCGGAUCUCAACGUACUCGGAAUCGAAACAAUCGAUCGGUUCGAUCUCUGGUCGGUUUCAUUCAGCUCGUUGGUCAACAACAUCCAGCAAAACUUGAACGCAACGAUGCAGAAGCUUCAAGCCAAGUUUCCUGAAGUGUUCCAGUCCACGCUCGGAUGCUGCUCGAAAGCGAAGGUAACACUCUAUCCGAAGCCAGACGCACGCCCUGUGUACUGCCCCAAGAGACCGGUUGCCUACGCUGCCCUCCCGAAGGUUGAUGCUGAGCUGCAGAGACUUCAAGAUAACGGCAUCAUUUCGCCAGUCCAGUUCUCCGAUUGGGCUGCUCCCAUAGUCGUGGUUCGCAAGUCCGAUGUCUCUGUACGUAUCUGUGGUGACUACUCCACGGGUAUCAACGACGCACUCGAGUCGGAUCGCCAUCCGCUACCGCAUCCGGACGACAUUUUUGCUGAACUAGCCGGCUGCCGUUACUUCUCCUGCAUCGACCUAUCGGACGCCUAUCUCCAGGUCGAAGUAGAGGAAUCAUCACGACGACUGCUCACGAUAAACACGCACAAGGGUUUGUUCCAGUACAACCGUUUGCCGCCCGGUGUGAAAUCGGCUCCUGGAGCGUUCCAGAGGAUCAUCGACAGCAUGGUUGCCGGCAUUCCUGGUGUCAAGCCUUACCUGGACGACAUCCUAAUCGCUGGAAGGACUCAAGAGGAGCACGACCUCAGGCUUCACGCUGUGCUGCACCGAAUUCGUGAGUAUGGUUUUCAUCUCCGCAUCGAAAAGUGUCGUUUCUCCCUGCCGCAGAUCAAGUUUCUGGGCCACAUCGUCGACAAGGAUGGUCUCCGCCCAGAUCCAGCCAAAACCAGCGCUAUCUCCGAAAUGGCACCUCCAACGAAUGUAUCGCAACUACGAUCGUACCUCGGUGCGAUUAACUACUAUGGACGGUUCGUUGGACAGAUGAAGCAACUCCGAGCACCCCUCGAUCGGCUACUCAAGAAAGAUGCUCCUUGGAAGUGGACUGCUGAGUGUCAAAAAUCGUUCGACCGUUUCAAGUCCAUCCUGGUCUCCAAUCUCUUGCUGACGCACUUCGAUCCCAGUAAGGAAAUCAUCGUGGCUGGAGAUGCGUCCAAGGACGGCUUGGGUGCCGUUAUCCUACAUCGUUUUCCCGACGGCUCCGUCAAAGCCAUCGCUCACGCUUCAAGGUCGCUCACACCUGCGGAAGAAAACUAUGGUCAAAUCGAGAAGGAAGCGCUCGCGUUGGUGUUUGCAGUUACCCGUUUCCACAAGAUGAUUUUCGGUCGCAGAUUCGUGCUACAGACCGACCACAAGCCCCUUCUCAAGAUUUUCGGCAGCAAGAAAGGAAUUCCCGUCUACACGGCAAAUCGGCUCCAGCGCUGGGCGCUUACGAUGUUGCUGUACGACUUCGAUAUCCAGUUCGUUCCAACGGCUAGUUUCGGACACGCUGACCUGCUGUCACGCUUGAUGAGCUGCCACAGCAGACCGGACGAGGAAUACGUUAUCGCUGCUCUCCAGACGGAAACCGACGUGAAGGCAAUCCUCGACGACUCUACUUCCCAUUUGCCUGUCACAGCACAAAUGAUCGCCAAGGAAACGCAAGACGACCCGGUCCUUCAAGAGGUAAUCAACCACAUCAACGGCUGGCCGAGCACGGCAAGCGAGCUCCACACUCCAGCUGUACGUCAAUUCUACUCGCGAAGAGAAGGUCUUCAAGUUACCCAGGACUGCAUCAUGUUCGGCGAUCGAGUUGUGGUCCCUGAACGGUUCCGCAAACGCAUCAUCCGGCAACUCCACCGUGGACACCCCGGGAUCGAUCGGAUGAAAUCACUCGCAAGAAGUUUCGUGUACUGGCCGAACAUCGACGAGGACGUUGAAUCGUUUGUGCGCCAGUGUCGUUCCUGUGCUGCUGCUGCAAAAUUGCCCCGCAAGACUACCCUAUCAUCAUGGCCGAUACCAACGAAACCAUGGGAAAGGAUUCAUAUCGACUACGCAGGACCGGUCGAUGGUUACUUCUACCUUGUCGUGGUAGAUGCCUACUCAAAAUGGCCGGAAAUUUUCAGGACCCGUAGCAUCACUACCACAGCGACGCUGGAGCUCCUGCAAGAAACUUUCGCAAGAUAUGGAAACCCACAUACUCUUGUGUCCGACAAUGGUACCCAGUUCGUCAGCGCCAGUUUCAAGCUUUUCUGUGACGAAAAUGGUAUCCAGCAUCUGACGACAGCGCCGUAUCACCCACAAUCGAACGGACAAGCAGAACGUUUCGUCGACACCUUGAAGAGAGGAUUGAAGAAACUUGCCGAAGGGGAAAAGACGGUGACGUUCCAGCACCUUCAGACGUUCCUAUCCGUUUACCGGUCAACACCAAAUCGAAACGCUCCGGAUGGUAAAUCUCCUGCACACCUGUUCCUAGAACGAGAAAUGCGGACAUCCCUGGAUCUCUUGAAGCCGAGUUCUCCGUGUCCAACCCUGGUCAACGAGAAGCAGAACGACCAGUUCAACCGAAGACACGGAGCGAUCAAAAGAGCCUUCAAUCCGGACGACCUGGUGUACGCGCAAGUACAUCGCCGAAACAAAACCAAAUGGGUUCCUGGACAGGUCAUCGAACGCAAGGGAUCAGUGGACUAUACUGUGUUACUCGAAAACGGACGCCUCAUCCGAGCACAUACGAAUCAGCUACGCCACCGGUUCUCGGAUGCAAGUGAAGCCGAUUCUACACCCAACAACCAACUCCCUUUUGCACUUCUCCUCGACGAAUUCCAAAUCCAAGUUCCAGCACCAGUGGUUCUGGAAGAUCCGCUAGAAGAACUGGUUCCCGACGCAGCAAAUGUUCCAGCUGACGAUGACGAUGGAAAUCAGGACGUGAUGACGGAUGAUGAGCCCGAGGUUCCCACCAGUAUUGGUUCGCCGGAACCAGCUCGACAAGGAAGAUAUCGCAGGCUACCAGCUUGGCUUGCGCUCUACGAUCUCUUUUAAAAGGGGGAGAUGUUAUGCCACCAACGUGUGCAUGACGAAAUAUGGAUCAUAGUCACCCAUGCCCAUUGCCAUGGGUGAAGAUCAACAAAAUGAAAAUUGAUUUGUCACUUCUUAACAAGCCAUCAAACUGAACAGAUGUAAUAAAUUAGCUCUUAAACUAGAAGUACAGUUUUUCUUUAUCUUCAAGAAAGAAGGAACGUAAC